AUGAUCAAGUGCUGGAAAAGUGUGCAAAUCAAGCUAGGAAUCAGGAAACCUCCCUGGCCGGAGAGUCGUGAAAUUCCCGUUGGCCCUAUUUCCCAAUCUACUUUUGUAUCAGAACCAUAUUCGCUUUUUAAACUCUACGGAAAUAAUGAAAUCAGUACGUCACGCUAUACUUGGUACGGAUUUGUAUUUAAAAAUCUUGAAGAACAAGCACAGCGCAUUGCCAAUUUCUAUUUUCUUUGUAUUGCCCUUGUCCAACUAUUUACAGAUUCUCCUGUUUCACCAGUCACUUCAAUUCUGCCUCUUGGUUUUGUGAUAUUACUUACUAUGUUCAAACAGGGGUAUGAAGAUUUUCUUCGUCAUCGUGCAGACAGAGAAGUAAACAACGCCCCGGUUCAAAUAGUUGGAACGGAUGGUAAACUUAUUGACAAAAAGGCCUUUGAAAUUGUUGUUGGGGAUAUUGUCUUAAUGACUGCAAAUGAAACAUUUCCAUGCGAUCUAGUUCUACUGAGCUCCAGUGAAAAUAAUGGUGAAUGUUAUGUCACAACAGCCAGUUUAGAUGGGGAAACCAAUCUUAAACGGUUUAUCGCCAUAUCUGCUACCAAACACCUUGAUUCUCCAGAAGCAUUGUCAAAUCAGUUAGAGGGUACUAUCGUUUGCCAACAACCUGUUGAUGACUUUUACAAAUUCUACGGCAAGAUUACGGUCAGAAUUAAUGGAUCUGAGUCAUCUGAGCCCUUAGGUCCCGAUUGUCUUCUCCUACGUGGUGCAAGGUUGAAAGACACCGACUUUGUAUAUGGAGUUGCAGUGUAUACUGGUUCUGAUACGAAGAUGUCCCUUAACUCCAAAGGAAAGCAGACUAAAUACUCUCAAGUUGAAAGACAAUUAAAUAACUUUCUAGUCUUCAUUUUGGGAUUCCUAAUAGGUGUAUCUAUUCUCUAUACAAUCCUCCAGUUUUCUCUACGUCCAAAAAAUGCUUGGUAUAUUACUCUAGCGAAACCGACAACGUGGGUUGUUGCACAGGAAUUCUUGGGUUUUCUUGUGCUUUUCAAUUACAUCAUCCCAAUCUCUCUCUAUGUGACCAUUGAGUUCCAGAAAUUUUUCGGAUCAAUGUUCUUUGGAUGGGAUAUCCAGAUGUAUGAUAGAGAAAUUGAUGAACCGGCUUUGGUUAAUACCUCAGAUAUUCUUGAAGAAUUGGGCCAAGUAAGCUGUUUUAACUUUUGUGUGUCAAAUCUGUUUUUAAUCGAUCUAACUUUUCUUGUUUACUCUAUAACGGUUAAAUAUCAGUCAUUUCUUCCUUUUCGUUAG